AUGGAAGCAGAAACCAAAACUCUUCCCCUGGAGAACGCAUCCAUCCUGUCAGAGGGUUCCCUACAGGAAGGGCACCGGUUAUGGAUUGGCAAUCUGGACCCCAAAAUCACAGAAUACCACCUGAAGCUCCUCCAGAAGUUUGGCACAGUAAAGCAGUUCGACUUCCUUUUCCACAAGUCAGGUGCUUUGGAGGGACAGCCCAGAGGGUACUGUUUCAUUAACUUUCAAACCAAGCAGGAAGCAGAACAAGCCAUCCAGUGUCUCAAUGGCAAGCUGGCUCUGUCUAAGAAGCUGGUGGUGCGAUGGGCCCAUGCUCAAGUCAAGGUUUACCAUGAAACUUGCAACCACGGAAGCAGCAGGCAGCAACAGCUCAGCCUGGGCUUACCUCCUGAACCUGUCUCCAACCCCCAUUUUCUCUGA